AUGUGGCACGAUACUGCCAUCGAGCUCUGGCUACAGCAAGUGUCGGGGCCGGGUCCUACUUUUCCACCCGGGCGCAAGCGCGCGCUCACGGAGAUGAGCGGCAACGCCAGAACACCUACCACCAAGCGCUUCAAGACACAGCACGACUUCAACAUCCUCUCCGAUGCCGCCGGUGACGAGCAACCCGAUCAAGCGACCCCAAAACCUCUAGCAGGCUCUGCGCUCAACGUCAUCCCAGAAUUUGAGCAACCUUCUCCCCCGAAGAGUCUCCCCUCCCGCGCCUCGUCGUCGCACGCCGACCUUAGCAGUGGUCAUGUUAGUGCCAUAUCCUCCAGAGGGUCCAAACGAAAACAACCCGGUGACCCGCCUUCCAGCCGAUCUGCCAGUCCCACGAAGAGAACUUUGUUUGACAGUCACGUUACCAGAGAUUCUUUGCCGAAUCUUCUUGAGAUCCCAGGAGCGUUUGGCCAGCUUGCGAGAGCAAUGGACGGUGUAUCAAAUGGUUUUGCUGUACUAGCUACGCGAUUCGACGGUUGGUAUAAAGAGCUAUCCACUGGACAGACGGCAAGAGACAGUUUGAUGUUCGAGGAUGAAGGAACUCGUACUCGCGCACGCCUCGGCGAUGACCCACCGCUGUCUGAGGUUCUCCGCCUUCGGAAGAGAGCGAAGCGCAAUGCUCGCAUUCUGUGCUCCGAGCCUUCUUGGAACUCAUUCGUACAUAGCGUCGUGUUAGAUAUGGCUGUGCGACUAUCAACAUAUCACGAGCGGGUCAUUUGCGAAGACAUGUACGCCGCGGUCUCAAGUGCCACAAAUUUGAGGAAAAAUGCUAAUACUUUCGCAGUACGAGAGCUCCAAUCUCGCAGGCCGAAGUCGAAAACCCUAGCCAGCGCAUUUCGAAGCAGGUGGACUAUUGUAUAGCUCUAGAGCUCGAGGAUGAACUCCUUGUAGCUCUUCGCGACGCAGGAGUCAAGACUCUAAACCACACGCUUGAUUUCGGUGUCGCCUUUAAUCCCAUUUCUGUUAGCAUCGAAACCAAGCCGGCAAGCGAAAACGGUACAGAGGGCACGUUGCAGCUGCAAACCUGGGCUCAGGCGCAGAUGGAUUUCCUCCGCAGUAGGCUCCACAAAGCAGGUCGAUCGCAUGUAUCGCUUCCGAUCUUACCGCUCGUUAUGGUUCAAGGACACCAAUGGUGGGUCUAUUAUUUCGUGGAGCAUCCAAGGUCCGCCGGGCAAGCCAGGAUCAAGCAGUCACUAUAUACCGGGCACCUCUUCGGAAGAACAGAUACGACGCUUGGUAUCUAUGAGCUCAUUGCUGGGCUGCAUCACCUCAUCGAAUGGAGCGAGUGUCAGUAUCGUCCUUGGUUUCUGGAAAACAUCCUUUAUCCAAUCCUCGACCCACAGCCUUAG